AUGGUGAAUUACAGUAUUGUUUUCGCCAUUGUGGAUCCCUGUAUCUUAUGUCAGUCAAAUUCAGAGAAAUACAAUAAAUUCGCUUUGGCUGAAUUACUUACAAUACCAAUCCAACGCGUUUUGAAAUAUCAUCUUCUGUUAGAGCAUCUAUGUAAACUCACUCCAGCUGAUCACUAUGAUCGUCCUGAUCUAACUGUAGCUCACGAAGCUAUGCGUGAAGUUGCAUUAUCUAUCAACGAUGUUAAACGAGAUCUUGACACGAUUAGCUCGAUUGAUCAAAUUCAAUCCAGUUUACUUGAAAUAAUGCUGCCUCCAGAUAAAAGGUUAUCAAGUUAUGGGCACUUGCAUAUGGAUGGAGAAGUGAAAGUUCUUUCUGAAUCAGAAAGCAAAGCGAAAACUAGAUAUUUAUUUUUAUUCGAUAAAAUAUUGAUUGUAUGCAAACCGAAGGGUGAUAGUUUUACAUUUAUGUUCGCUUAUCAUGUUGUAAAUGGCCAAUUCCAACGAGUUACUUUAUCAAAUAAAAAGGGAUAUUCCUAUGGAUUUACUUUACCAAUUUUGGGUGAUAGAGAUUCGCCAAAUCUUACUUUCUUUACAAAAUCCGAAGAAUUACGUACAGCUUGGAUGAAAGCUGUAAUGGCUGCAUUGUCUAAUCUUUGUCCACCUGGAGCGAAAGACCGAGGUUACAACUUUGAAAUGUUCACAUUUAAACAACCUACUUAUUGUUGUAUCUGUAAUAAAUUAAUCACAGGAAUGUUCUUUCAAGGUUAUCGUUGUCGAGAAACAAAUCGAGCUGCACAUAAAAGUUGUCUUGCCAAUCAUAAUCUUCCACUGCGUGGUAUGGCUAAUCCACAUAUUAAUGGAGUUCCUCCAAGUGCCCCACCGCCAUUACCUCCACAGAUCAAUACAGUACGUAGUCGACGUUCUCAUGUAACGAUGGGAAGUGUGCCAUGUACACCUGGAAACAACUCAUUAUCUAAUUCAGAAUCAUUUGACUUCUCACAGUUAACUGAUACAUUAUCUUCUGUGAACCACUGGCUUGCAACUGAUCAUAACAAUCUGUCGAAUGUCACUUUACAACGUAAUCGACGUAUAUCUUCAGGUUUACCUACAUCAAGUAUUCCUCCAGUGAAUCCAACUUUUGCUAUAGCACGAAAAGCAUAUGAUGGUGAUCCUCUCCCACCAUCAGGUAGUCAUCCUUUGAGAUUAUCAAUUGGAGAUCAAGUUGAAUUGAUCAAAUGGACUGAAGGCUCAUCAUGGUGGCAGGGUUAUUGUGAUGGGUCUGAAGGUUGGUUCCCUGCUAAUCUCGUUGAAAUGGUGGUGAAUAAUAAAAUGAAUAAACCAAGCAGUACAAGAUUUUCUCAUCAAGUAUCUUCAUCGUCUAGUUCUGAUCGAACAACAGUUUUUAAUAAUAAUAAUAAUUCUUCAGUUCAGAAACCUUUCUUUUUACCAAAUGAAACGUCUCCAUCCAAUUUACCUUUAUGUACAAUAGCAAAUAAAACUUUAAAUAACAGUCUAUCGCCUAUCGUCGGUAAUAAUUAUAAUAAUAUUCCUAGUCCUCCUUGCUCAUCAUUAACAUCUCUUAUCCCAGUGAAUAUGAAUAUAAAUAAUUCAUAUCCUCCAUUAAUGUUUCGACGUUUGAAAAAGCGUAGUUUAUCAGCUUUGGAAAUUCCCGAAUUAUCUCAGUGUAUUGAUUUAGUUCCAUCAGUAUUGUCAACUACACAAACUGCAACAGUUAGUGCAACAGUCACCUCGAGAUUUGAAAAUUUUCCAACAGAUCUAAUGAUGGACCAUUCACAUUACUUUCUGUCGACUUUUCCCUGGUAUGUUGGUGAAAUGGACAGACUUGAAGCUGUUAAUUUAUUAAGUAAUUGUAUUGACGGUACAUUUCUUGUACGUCUGUCUAAAAGUGCUGAAAGAAUGGGAGAAUAUUCACUAUCUGUUGUAUACGGCCAUCCACGGCAUAUUCGUAUACAGCGUUUUUCAUCAUCUGAUAAUUCUUGUAUUACAUAUGGUCUUUGUGAAUUAGAACAAUUCCCAAAUAUACCGUGCGUAAUUGACAACUACUCCAAAGUGUCGUUAAAUCGGUGCUUCGAUGAAGUUGACAUCACAUUACUUUAUCCCUACCAGAAGUGUCCUUCAUCACCAUUGUUCUAUGUUCGUGCAAAUUUCGAUUUUCAUGAUACGUCUAAUAGUCGUUUCUUGAAUUUGAAAGGAGGUGAUCGAAUUGCUGUAGUUAGUCGUGCAGCUGAAGACAGAGGCUGGUGGAAGGGAUGGUUAAAUGGUCGUAUUGGAUUCUUCCCCAUGUCUUUUGUGACAAGAGAGCUAUCUGGAUGA